AUGAUCGCGAGACUGAUCAUGCAGUGGAAGCCGGCGUUAGCACAAAGUCUUUUCACUGAACGAGAACUCAUUGAGCUUUGUUACCGAGUGCGAGAAGUGUUCUGGAUGCAGCCAACAAUGCUCGAGAUAAAACCACCCGUAAAUAUCUGUGGUGAUAUACACGGACAAUUCCAAGAUUUGUUGGCAUUAUUCAGGCUGCAUGGAUAUCCACCAAGAAAUCGAUUCCUAUUUUUGGGUGACUACGUUGAUCGAGGGCCAUUUUCCAUUGAAGUUAUAACGUUGCUUUUUGCUUAUAAGGUACUUCUCAAGGUUUUAUACCCAAGUACGUUUCAUUUGUUACGCGGUAAUCAUGAAUCUCGCAUGCUCAACAUUACUUAUGGAUUUUAUCGAGAAUGUAUUCGAAGGUUGUUCAUUGAGCAGCGUAAUCGCAUCUAUCGUUUGCUCGUUCCCUUGUACUCAGAGGUUCUAUUUGAAGCAUUCCAAUUUGCAUUUUGUUGCAUGCCGUUUUGUGCACGUAUCAAGAAACGUAUUUUGUGUAUGCACGGUGGUAUCAGCGAGGAUUUAACUGAUUUGAAACAGUUGAAAAGAGUGGAACGGCCAUGCGAGAUUCCGGAUUUGGGUAUAGUAGCUGAUUUGACAUGGGCUGAUCCACAAGAGAAUGUGAGAGGGUAUAAAGAGAGUCCGCGAGGUGCUUCUCGAGUAUUUGGUGAAGAUGCGCUUGAUAGUUUUUGUAGAAAUCUUCGGCUUGAUCUCAUUGUUAGAGCACAUCAGGUGAAAGAAAAAGGAUAUGAAUUUUUCGGCAAAAAUAAGCGAUUAGUCACAAUAUUUUCGGCUCCCAACUAUUGCUUUGGAGAAUACGAUAAUGCAGCAUGUGUUCUCAAAAUAUCACCGAAUCUCGUAUGUUCCUCAAUAGCUAUUCACUAUUCAUUACUCACCUUUCCUUCAUAA